GCACGACGUCCACCCCCCCCCCUUCAUCUCCACCCCUCUUACCCAAGAUGAACUUCACUGCUCUGCUCGCCGCCAUCGCCGCUGCCCUCGUCGGCUCCGCCAACGCCACGGCCUGCACGGCGACCCAGCAAACCGCCGCGUACAAGACGCUCGUCAGCAUCCUGUCCGAGUCGUCCUUCUCGCAGUGUUCCAAGGACUCGGGCUACUCCAUGCUCACGGCCAAGGCCCUGCCCACCAACGCGCAGUACAAGCUCAUGUGCGCGUCCACGGCCUGCAACACCAUGAUCAAGAAGAUCGUGGCGCUCAACCCGCCCGACUGCGACCUGACCGUUCCCACCAGCGGCCUCGUGCUGGACGUGUACACGUACGCCAACGGCUUCUCGACCAAGUGCGCGUCGCUCUAAGCGCGUCCUCCAGCUCGAUGGCGGCGGAGAGCGUUGUUGGCUGGGAAUAUUCUACGUCUUCCCUGUCAGGAGCUGCUUCUUGGUCGACGCCAUCAACCGAGGACUAAGUUGUGAGUUUCCACACAAACUGCCGAAGUAUGUGAAUGAAAUGAUAUGAGUUUUGUUUUCUCCG